AUGGACCCAACAGCCACCCUUCUUUAUUUGGAUUACUAUGAAGCUGCAAGCACCGAUCAUCCCGUCAUGGGGACUCUCUCCCACCUUUCCUACACGUCUGUCUUCCUCCCUAUCUUUUACACAGUCGUGUUCCUGACUGGAGUACUGGGGAAUUUCAUCCUCAUGGUUGCACUGCAUUUCAAACACGGCAACCGAAGAUUAAUCGACAUCUUCAUCAUCAACCUGGCUGCUUCUGACUUCAUUUUCCUUGUUACACUGCCGCUUUGGGUGGAUAAGGAAGCCUCUCUGGGGCUGUGGAGGACUGGCUCCUUCCUGUGCAAAGGCAGCUCCUAUGUGAUCUCGGUGAACAUGCACUGUAAUGUCUUCUUGCUCACCUGCAUGAGCAUGGACCGCUACCUGGCCAUCAUGUGCCCAGCCUUAGCCAGAAGACUGAGAAGGAGAAACUGCGCAUAUGCAGUCUGCACCAGUGUCUGGAUCAUCUCAUGCCUCCUGGGACUGCCCACGCUUCUGUCCAGGGAGCUCACUCAAGUGGAUGGGAAGCUGUACUGUGCAGAGAAGGAACCCACUCUGCUAAAACUGAUGUGGGGUCUGGUGGCCUUAAUUGUCACCUUUUUCGUCCCCCUACUGAGCAUUCUGACCUGCUACUGUUGUAUCACGAGGAGGCUGUGCGCUCAUUACCAGCAGUCGGGAAAACACAGCAAAAAGCUGAGGAAGUCCAUAAAGAUCAUCAUUAUUGUUGUGACGGCCUUCAUCUUCUCCUGGUUGCCCUUCAAUACUUUCAAGCUCCUGGCCAUUGUCUCGAGGUUGCAGCCAGAACACCAGUUUUCCCUGGAGUCUUUUCAGAUGGCUAUGGAGGUGUGUGGGCCCUUGGCCUUUGCCAACAGCUGUGUCAACCCUUUCAUUUACUAUGUCUUUGACAGCUAUAUCCGUCGGGCCAUUGUACAUCGUCUGUGCCCUUGUCUGAAGAACAAUGACUUUGGGAGCAGCUCUGAGACAUCAGACAGUCACCUUUCCAAGGCCCUUUCCAACUUCAUCCAUGCUGAGGAUUUUGUCAAGCGGAGGAAGAGAUCUGUGUCACUCUGAAGAAACCUGGGACAUUUCAGGCUCUAUGGACACUCUUAGGAAGCUGGGUUUUGUCAGCAGUGGAGAAAGAGAAAAGCAUUAAAGUUGAAAUUUAUAUUGCUUCAUAAAUCCAAGAAAGUGUUGAUUUUUUAAAGGUGCCCCUGAAGAGCUCCUGUGUUGUGGAUAUAACUAGGCCAUAUGCUACAUUUUCAACUAACUGGUCUUACUUGGCAAUUAAGCCAGCCAGGCAAAUUACAAACUCCAUUGUCCUUGAACUCUUAGGCUGAUUUCUUCCUGUGUGUCAGUGCACCUUCAGGCCUUUCAAGACCAUCCACCCCCACUGUUCAUACCGGGCUAUGUUUGGAAGAGACACGUUCAUCUGGUAAGAAAUGGAGUAGGACGCACGAUAACAAAAAAAAGUAUAGUUGCAAUCUGUACCUCACAGUCCCUGAGUUACUGAGAUGAACUCUGG